AUGAUGCGAAGAGCUGCUGCGCGAGCAGUUUCCCGAAGGCUUCCCCUUCCCCGGCCGACGUCAACCCCAGCUAUCGCUGUACGCUGCAUCUCAACAUCCCGCAGAAUGGCUCAGGCCCCCACGAAUUCUUUCUCCGCCUCCCCGUCCAGCGAUGCCUUCCAGCUCCUGCCAGAAUCUCAAAAAGCUGGCGCCGCCGAAGAUGAGCUCUAUGAGGCCCAUAUCAAGGAGGUCGAGGCAUGGUGGCGAUCACCCAGAUACGAGGGCAUCAAGCGUCCCUACAGUGCUGCAGACGUCGUCUCCAAACGCGGAUCUCAGCAACAAUCGUAUCCGAGCUCUGUAAUGGCAAGGAAGCUGUUUAACUUGGUUCAGGAGCGCAUAGCAGAGGGCAAACCUAUUCAUACAAUGGGCGCUAUUGACCCCGUCCAGAUGACUCAACAAGCACCUCAUCAAGAGGUACUUUACAUCUCAGGCUGGGCCUGCUCAUCCCUUCUCACAUCCACCAACGAAGUUUCCCCCGACUUCGGCGACUACCCUUACAACACCGUACCAAACCAAGUGCAGCGUCUCGCAAAGGCACAGUCGAUGCACGACCGCAAACAGUGGGAUGCUCGACGGAAGCUUACACCGGAGCAACGUGCAAAGACGCCGUAUACGGAUUACCUGCGCCCCAUUGUUGCUGACGGCGACACGGGACACGGCGGCCUGUCUGCCGUCCUCAAGCUCGCCAAGCUCUUCGCGGAGAACGGCGCUGCAGCCGUGCACUUCGAGGACCAGCUUCACGGCGGCAAGAAGUGCGGUCACUUGGCCGGCAAGGUCCUGGUUCCCACUGGAGAGCACAUCAACCGCUUGAACGCUGCCCGCUUCCAGUGGGACGUCAUGGGAUGCGAAAAUCUCGUCCUCGCCCGAACCGAUUCCGAGAGCGGCAAGCUCAUCAGCAGUGCCAUUGACGUGCGUGACCACGAGUUCAUCCUCGGAGUUGCCGACCCGACCCUCGAGCCCCUCGCCGAGACUAUCCAGGCCAUGGAGGCCAAGGGUGCAGCUGGUGCUGAGAUAGAUACUUUCGAGGCCAACUGGGUCAAGAGCACCAAGCUUGUGACCUUUGACGAGGCGGCGGUCGCACACAUGCAAAAGGAAGGCGUCUCGCAAGACAAGAUCGACGCGUAUCUUGAGACGGUCCGUAAGCAGCGGGACCUCGGCAUCACCCAGCGCCGCAAGCUCGCCAACCAGCACACCAAGACGCCCGUUUUCUUUUCUUGGGACAUUCCCCGCACGCGCGAGGGCUUCUACCACUUCCGCGCCGGUAUGGAGGCUGCGACGAAGCGCGCCAUUGCCUUCGGCCCCUACGCAGACCUCCUGUGGGUGGAGACCGGUGACCCGAACGUCGAGGUUGCUUCCAAGCUUGCCAGGGCCGUCCGUGAGGUUUACCCCAAGAAGGGUCUGGUGUACAACCUCAGCCCGUCGUUCAACUGGAUGGCGCACGGCUUCACGGACGAGACGCUGAAGAGCUUCAUCUGGGACAUCGCCAAGGAAGGAUUCGUUUUGCAGCUCAUCUCGCUGGCUGGUCUGCAUUCCAACGCAACCAUUACGAACGAGCUGGCGCGGGAGUUCAAGACCGACGGCAUGUUGGCGUACGUGAACCUUGUGCAGAGACGCGAGAAGGAGGGCGGCUGCGAUGUAUUGACGCACCAGAAGUGGAGUGGCGCCAGCUACAUUGACGGCAUCCUCGGGGCGAUCCAAAGUGGUAGCUCGAGCAGCAAGAGUAUGGGCGAGGGCAACACGGAGAGCCAAUUCCACUGA